AUGGCCAGCCCCGUGAAGCCGAAUCAUACUGCAAGAGACCGGAAGGAAGAGGACCAAGUGCCCACUGUAGACGAAAAGGACGACGUCUGGGAGACGGAGAAAGCCCACCCAGUUGAAACAAAUGAACAGCAUGGAGAAGCGAAGUGGACUUGGAAGCAUAUGGUCGCCGUGGUCUGCUUGUGUGGUGUCUAUGUUGGCAAGACUUCUCCCUUCCGGCUCCGCUACCAGUACUCGGGACUAAUGUUGAAGACAGGCUCGCAGCUUCCCCUCUACUUCGUUGGCUCUUCGUUGACGUUCAUUGCUGCCGACCUUGGAGCCAGCUCUCUUGGAUGGCUGCCCAGCUCGAAUACGUUGGUUCCGGCCGCCGUCUGUCCACUUUGUGGUUAUUUGCAAGACACCUUCGGCAAGAGAAAUAUAUCGAUAUUGGGAUCGACUCUUAUCAUGACUGGCAUCAUUCUCAUGGGUACUGCCCACACACUAGGACAGGGAAUCACCGGGAUGUCGAUUUCAAGAGCUGGUGCUGCCAUCGGCGAGCUCACGGCUCUAGCAGGAGUUGUGGAGCUGGUGCCCGUCAAGAAACGUGGAUUGUAUCUGGCUUGUGUGACUUUCUUCCUUUUUCCUUGUCUUCCAUAUGUGCUGUACUCUCAACUCCUCUCAACCAAGUCGACAUGGAAAUGGGGCCUAUGGAUUUCAUUGACCUAUAACGGGGUCUGCUUCAUAGGUGUUCUUAUUUUCUACUUCCCCGACUCUCAUAUCCUUCGCAAGGGCUCAAUGCAACCACAGGAAAUUGCAAAGCGAAUCGACUACAUUGGCAUGUCAGCCUUGUUGCCUUCCAAAGUGGAGGCUCUCUCCAUCCUUGGACCAGCGCCUAUGUCCUGUGCCUCCUGGUCUUCAGGAUUUGUUUCCAUUUUUGGGUUCAUACUCUGGGAAUGGAGGGGGGCCCAGCACCAGAUGAUCCCCGGCGAGCUGUUUGCGGGUCAGCGAGUCGUUGAAAUUGCUCUGGCAAUUGCGUUCCUCUCCGGAAUGAACUUCAACUCGAUGAUCAGCUUCGUCCCUCUGCCCUUUGUCACAGUUUUUGACCCUGAUCCGGUCCAAGUAGGCCUUAAGGGGCUGGGAUACUCGCUCUCUGGCGCCCUCGGGGUGUCGGUGAUGAAUGCCUGUCCCGACGCACUGAUGGCGACGACGACGGCGCUUACUCUCUCCGUGCGGUUCCUCGGAAGCUCUAUCGGCUAUUCAAUCUACUAUAGCGUCUUUAUGCAGAAACUGAAAGUGAAUCUUCCCGCCACGGUUCUCCAGCUCGUUGUAGCUGCUGGCCUUCCAGUUGGCUCGGCUCCAGACUUUGUGGAAACAUUUCUCACCAAUUCUACAGCCUUGCCUGGGAGCAUUCCCGGAGGCACACCCGGUGUUCUGGAAGCGGCGACCAUGGGUAGUCGAUGGGCCUACUUAGAGUCUUUGAAAUAUGUAUGGUAUACCAGCAUACCAUUUGGAAUACUGUCGGUCAUCGGAUGUUGCUUGCUCGGGGACAUUUCCAAAUUUAUGAGCGACAGAGUGGCUGUUGGGCUGAAGCAGUAA